CGGGCGCGCUGGGGGAGGAGGAAGCCGCCACCGACGCGGCAGCGCAGACGGGACCUGCCCUGGGCCGGAGCAGCCCAGCGACCGCUGCGGACGCCAUGGAGGACGGAGUCUAUGUGCCCCCGGACCUGACCCCCGAGGAGCGGCUGGAGCUGGAGAACAUCCGGCGGCGGAAACAAGAGCUGCUGGUGGAAAUCCAGCGGCUGAGAGAUGAGCUGAGCGAGGCCAUGAAUGAGGUGGAAGGGCUGGAAGCGAAUGAGGGCAGGUGGGAAGGUGAUACCUGGGCAGGGGGUUGGGAGCCGGGCGGGGUCUGUCCCAGGGCUCCCAGCUCCGUUCUCUCCGCCGCACAGGGGAUCCAGUUCCUGGUGGAGAACGAACUGCUGCACAACACGCCCGAGGAGAUCGCCCGCUUCCUCUACAAGGGCGAGGGGCUCAACAAGACGGCCAUCGGCGACUACCUGGGGGAGAGGCAGUUCCUGUGGAGCUUCCGCCUGCCCGGGGAGGCCCAGAAAAUUGACCGCAUGAUGGAGGCCUUUGCCCAGCGCUACUGUCUCUGCAACCCCGGCGUCUUCCAGUGCACAGACACCUGCUACGUCCUCUCCUUCGCCGUCAUCAUGCUCAACACCAGCCUGCACAACCCCAACGUGCGGGACAAGCCCACGGUGGAACGCUUCAUCACCAUGAACCGCGGCAUCAACGACGGGGGCGACCUGCCUGAGGAGCUGCUGCGGAACCUGUACGACAGUAUCCGGAACGAGCCGUUCAAGAUCCCCGAGGACGACGGGAACGACCUGACCCACACGUUCUUCAACCCCGACCGGGAGGGCUGGCUGCUUAAGCUGGGCUCAGAGCCCAGGGACACCGCAACGUGGAAAAGACGCUGGUUCAUUCUGACUGACAACUGCCUGUACUAUUUCGAGUACACCACGGACAAGGAGCCGCGAGGGAUCAUCCCACUGGAGAACCUGAGCAUCCGGGAGGUGGAAGAUCCCCGCAAGCCGGUGAGGGCAGCGCCCCGGUCCCUCCCCCCGUCCCCUGCUCUGUCCCCGUGGCCCUUGUCUGUCUGUUGCCAGCCCACUCCUUGCCCUUCGGCGCCUCCCUCCUUGUUUUCUCUUGUAGCUGUGCGGCCUGUCACCUGCCCUCCCUCCCUCCGCACGCCUCCAUCAUCCCUCCCUCCCUCCGCACGCCCCUUCCUCCCUCCCUCCGCACGCCUCCAUCAUCCCUCCCUCCCUCCGCACGCCCCUUCCUCCCUCCCUCCGCACGCCUCCAUCAUCCCUCCCUCCCUCCGCACGGCCGCUGUCAGCGUGGACCCCUUCUACGAGAUGCUGGCUGCCCGCAAGAAACGCAUCUCGGUCAAGAAGAAACAGGAGCAGGCGUGA